CCUCGCCUUUGCCGUGUCGCCCCCGAAAUUGCCCAUUACCGAGAUUGUAGCUAAGGUUGAAACCGCGGUCAAGUAUAUUGAUCCAGUUUCGGCCGAUGCCGCACGAAAAGAUGUAGAUUCCAUUCUACAGAGAGCACGUCCUCCGAAACCGAAUACCACAAGAGAGAUGCGUGAUGCUCUUAAGACACUCAAGAAUGAUGAUAGCAUUACAAUCCUCCCUGCGGAUAAGGGUAGUGCCACAAUCAUUUUAGAUAGUACCGCCUACGAAGACAAAAUGACCGAGCUUCUGAGCUCUGGUCCGUAUAAAAUGCUAAAGAAAGACCCCACAGAUCGAAUGUGUCGCAAACUGACCAGUACGUUACUGGCACUAAAGAAAGACAAAGUUCUAGAUGAGGCUACAUACAAAAAGAUAAAGCCCACACAGAAACAGCCACCUAGAAUAUACGGGUUGCCCAAAAUACACAAACCCGGGAUACCCCUCAGACCAAUAGUAUCAUGCAUAGGUUCAUUUGCCUAUAACCUAUCAAAGUACCUGGCGGACAUCCUGUCCCCUCUCACUAACUGCUCAGAACACACGGUUUCCAACUCCAGUGAAUUCGCUGAAUUCACAUCGGAGCAGACAGUUAACGAACAGGAAUCCAUGAUCUCUUUUGAUGUAGUCUCCCUCUUCACUAACGUACCGAUAGAGGGCGCAUGCAGUACGGCCCUGCAACGCAUGCAAUCCGAUCCCACAUUAUCAGAACGUACCACACUUAUGCCCGAACAAAUAGCCGAACUCCUGGAGUUCGUCCUCAGAUCCACAUAUUUUCUGUACAGAGGCUCUUUCUAUGAGCAAACAGAAGGAGCAGCAAUGGGUAGCCCAGUCUCAGCGGUUGUGGCUAACCUAUAUAUGGAAGGUUUUGAACAGAACGCUUUGCCCAAGUGUCCUUCCACAUGCCACCCUCGGGUGUGGAAGAGAUACGUCGAUGACACUUUCAUAAUCGUAAAUAGAUCCGAAACAGACAGCCUACUCUCAUACAUGAAUAGCCAGCAACCGUCCAUCCAGUUCACUCUGGAGACUGAGCAAGGAGGGAAAUUAGCAUUCCUUGACACACUAGUCCAAAGACACGAGGGCGGGAAACUUUCCACCUCUGUCUACCGCAAGCCCACUCAUACAGACCAAUACAUACCAUAUGAUUCUCAUCACGACAAAUCGGUCAAGAAGGGUCUCGUUAAAUGCCUGUUCGACAGAGCAGCACGUAUCAUAACUCACCCACCUGAACUCCCGAAAGAAAGAGCACACAUACGUGGCGCCUUGUACAGCAACGGCUACCCACGCCGUUUUAUCAAGAACACUUUCAAGAAAAAACAACCACCAAGGGAUCAGAAGGUUUUCAAGACUUGCACAGUCUUGCCAUACAUAGAUGGCCUCUCACAACAACUUAAACGCCGAUUAGAAGGUCACGGUAUCCGAACGGUUUUCCGCUCGGACACCACCUUACACAAACAGCUUGUACACCCCAAAGACCCUAUCCCUGAUCACAGACGUGAUGGCGUAGUAUACAACAUUCCUUGCCAGGGAUGUGACGGGUCUUACAUCGGAGAAACAGCCCGACCGAUAGUUGAACGCAUUUCUGAACACAAGCGCGAUGUUCGGUUACAGCGAACCGACACAUCCGCGGUGGCAGAACAUGCUUGGGAGAAGCAACACCAUCCAGAUUGGGAGGGUGUACAAUGCAUUGCCAAAGAGAGACAUUGGUAUACACGCAGGAUUAAGGAGGCUAUUAGUAUACGUCUUUGUCCUAACAACUUCAACAGAGACAGCGGGAUCGACAUCCCCGACUUCUGGAUGCGAACCAUCCGACAGCACAAUACCCCCUUACCUGGCAGUGCACGCCGACCCGAUCGUUCCCGGCCCCGAACGAGGGACCGCUCAGCUAGUCAGCCCCCGCCCACGGGAAACUAGCAAGCCCGCCAAUUUUGUCUAAUUUGCAUAUUGCCGACCCACGGCGUAUUUGCAUAUACCCCCGGCUUAUUUGCAUACACGGAUUACCGGCCGUACCGCAUCCGACGCAACGGAUCAAUGCCCACCUAUUGUUCUCGCGUUCGUGCGUACGGUCCCGGAGAUUAGUAUAAAUAGAAUACGUCAUCAGAUAAUUUUCGUCACUUGAUAAAGAGUUGCAGCGGCACUCGAAAGCUCGUGAACUUGUAAGCUAGUGAACACUUUUUGCGAGAGUGAUCACGAUUUUCCUAGAAAGCCAGUGAACACUUUUUGCGAGAGUGAUCACGAAUUUCCUUGUUGACCAUAGUAGAUUGCGAGACAAAUGAAUACCCUCUAGCGAUUAUUUCAAUCCGCAAUAAUGAACCUAUUUAGUAUUAAACAGGAAUUUAUCAAGAAUUUUGGGAAUUUUAAAGAAAUGUUGGGAAUUUUCAAAAAUCUGCUGUGCAAACCUAGUCUGCAGGCACAGACCCUGAUUGAAACUUUGAUCAACAAGUGGGUCUCCAUGCGAAGACUAGCACAUACAAUGUAAAAUUUUGCUGUUUCCUGAGUGAGAGGGCCUUCAGUACACAAGGCAUGAGUAGGCUGCACAUUCAGACCCUUACCUUGAGUGAAGACUUUGCACAGCAGACUA